UUGGAAGGAGCGGAGCCAGCUGCUUUCACGCAGUGGGCCAGCUCUUGGGAAGGUGGCAAAAAGAUCCCAGCGUAUACACCCAAACUGUUUCAAUGCAGCGAUCAGAAUGGCAAAUUGGCGGUCGAGGAAAUUUAUAGCUAUUCUCAAGAAGAUCUAGAUGGCGACGAUGUGAUGAUUUUGGAUGCACUGAGUGUCAUUUAUGUUUGGGUCGGUAGCGGAGCUAACGAGAACGAAAAGAAGUUCGCCGAAAGUGUCGCCAGCAAAUAUUUGGAAGGUGAUGUGCGUCCACGUCCGGAAAUGGCUCGCAUCGUGAAACUCGAGCAGGGGAAGGAAACAGUCGAGUUCAAAAAAAUCUUCGAGAAGUGGGACGAUAAUUUGUUCAAACCUGUAAGCCUUUUAUUAGUAAAUUUCCGGGCAGUCUUCUUGAGCGGGUAUUUUUUUUUGGGCAGCAACAGUGGUCGCCUACAAUAAUA